AUGCUACCCCCUUUCACCCCGGCUCUGGCCACAUGGGCAGCAUUUGCGUUCUUUCUAGUGAAUGGGAAGCCUUGUCCGCCUUUGGGUCCCGUUCUACCGACUACACAGCAGCCAAGCAGAGACGCGACAGUGGCAGAUGCAGUAAAAGCCUUGAAGGAUCGGUUCGCGUUGAUCACCGCCGGCUUCGAAGGCUCGGCGGUCUCGAUCGGUGUACAAUCUAUUCACGAGAAUAACCCGCUGGUUGACUUGCACUUCACACCGGACAAGAAACUCCAAAGAGGGUCACAGACUGUCACCGCCAACUCGGUGUAUCGCAUUGGCAGCGCAACCAAGUUAUUCACCGUACUCGCCGUCCUCCAGCAGGAAAAUAUAAACCUGGAAGACCCUGUCACCAAAUAUCUCCCAUCUCUGCUCGCAAAUCAGCCCAGGGGAAGCGAUAUCGAAGCGGUGAAAUGGAACGAGGUCACGGUGGGGGCUCUCGCCUCUCAUGUUGCCGGGAUAGGAAGAGACAUGGCCUUUGAUAUUGCCAUAUUUCCAGGGCCCUGGGAUGACAUGGGUCUCCCCCCCGUCAAGUCUAACUCGGGUCCAAGGUGCUCGGGUCUUGGAGGAACAAAAACCUGCAACGCAGGAGAUCUGCUGAGUCAAUUUACCAAGCGCCAUCCUCAAUACGCGCCAUUCAGCGCUCCGUUCUACUCAAAUGUCGGCACCUCUCUCCUUGGACUGGUGGUCGAGGCUGCCAGUAACAAGACACUGGAUCAACUGAUGCACGAAAACAUUCUGGGCCCCCUGGGCAUGUCCAAUACUACGCUAAUCCAGGGACCCUCAUCCGACCAAUGGGCCUUUAUUCCUGUCAACGAGUCGACUUGGGGCCUGAGCUUGGGUGUUUCUGAUUCGGCUGGCGGCAUGUACUCCAACACCGCGGACAUGUUGAAAUUUGGCACUGCCCUUUUGAAGUACGACUUGUUGGGUGAAGCCAAGACGAGGAAGUGGCUAAAGCCCCACGUGUUCACCUCCUCGGCGGGUCAAUUCCUCGGCGCGCCGUGGGAGAUAGAACGAUCGGACCGAUUGACGUCAGACGGACGGCUCGUCGAAAUCUACACCAAGGCUGGCGAUUUAGGCCUAUACCACUCCAUGUUCGCCCUAGUGCCCGACUAUGAUCUAGUCAUAAGUGUCAUGACAGCCGGGCCCGAAGCAUCGGCCGCUUUCUUCUUCAGCGCCAACAUUGUAUCGCAGGUCCUGAAGGCCAUCGUGCCCGCUGUCGACCAGGCCAGCAGGAAUGUGGCAAAGGCAAACUUUGUCGGCACUUACUCGGACUCCAGCACGAAUUCGACUGUGGUCCUCGACAUGGACGGAGGCCCGGGUCUAGUUCUGGCGAACUGGACUAUCCGAGGCUUCGACGUGCUGGCUAAUUUUCCCAAGUACAGCGUCACGCCUUCGUCAAAGGCUAUACCAGGUCUCGCUCGACUAUAUCCGUCUGGCCUGCAGGCUGCCAACCAGACGGGCUGGCGCAUGGUUUUUGAUCAAGUAUCUGAGUCCGAGGGGCAGAAGUUCGAUGCCGAAGUGGUGAUGCAAGACGGAAGCUGUGUGAAUUGGGGGACAAUGGAUCGUUUCAACUACGACUUUGUUGGCUUGGAAGAGUUUGUCUUCAACCUUAGCCUGGACGGCGUGGCGGCCAGCAUCAAUCCAAGAGCGUUUGACGUGAUGCUUCGGAGGGUGUCUAAUUAG